AUGGAGGUUCAUGACGCCGCGGUGCGCCUCAUUGCGCAGCAGGUCCAGCGCUUCUCGGAGCAGCAGAAGCCGUUUCGCAUCUACCACGGCUCGACCAACAGCACGCGGACCUCGCAGCGGCGCGCCGACAACACCAUUGACACCAGCCAGCUGACGCACGUGCUCUCCGUCGACGCCGCCGCCAAGACGGCCCUCGUCGAGCCCAACGUGCCCAUGGACGCGCUCGUCGACGCGACGCUGGCGCACGGCCUCGUGCCGCCGGUGGUGAUGGAGUUUCCGGGCAUCACGGCCGGCGGCGGCUUCUCGGGCAUGGCGGGCGAGAGCAGCUCGUUUCGGCACGGCGCGUUUGACGCGACGAUGCGCUCGAUUGAGAUUGUGCUGCCGACGGGCGAGGUGGUGGCGCGCGCGUCCAAGACGGACAACCCGGAGCUGUUUUGGGGCGCGGCGUCGGCGUUUGGCACGUUGGGCGUGGUGACGCUGCUCGAGGUUGAGCUGCGCGACGCAAAGGAGUAUGUCGAGCUGACGUAUGCGCUGACGACGAAUAGCCGAGAUACGGUCAGGGUCAUGGAAGAGGCUGCCGCUAGAGACGAGACGGACUAUAUUGAUGGCAUCGUCUUUAGUAAGGAUGCUACUGUGGUAUGUAUAGGGAGGCUCACAGAUGAUAUGCCCAAAGCAACCUCACCGCAGCGGUUCUCGCGGCGAAGCGAUCCUUGGUUCUACAUUCGCGCACAGCAAGUCUUGAAACAGUUACAGAAGCAAUCUGUUGAAGCGACAGCAACCACAGUCGUCGACUAUAUCCCACUCCGAGACUACCUCUUCCGCUACGACCGCGGCGGCUUCUGGGUAGCCAAGUAUGCUUUCCGCUACUUCCUCACGCCCUUUAACCGCAUCACCCGCUCGGCGCUCGACCGCUUCAUGCACGCGCGAGUCAUGUACCGCGCCGUCCACAAGAGCGGUCUCGCCGACACGCACAUGGUGCAAGACGUCGGCGUGCCCUACGCCGCCGUCGACGACUUUUCCGCCUGGCUCGACGCCCACUUUGCCAUUUACCCGCUGUGGCUUUGCCCGCUGCGCGUCCAGCGCGACGGCGCCGACGCGCAGCACGGCCUGCAUUCCGAGUUUGGCCGGCCAGACGCGCCCAAUUUGAUGAACUUUGGUGUCUGGGGCAGCUUAAGCGGCACGCGGCGCGACGUCGUGGCCAAGAACCGCGACCUUGAGCGUAAAGUGCAGGCGCUGGGGGGCAAGAAGUGGCUGUAUGCGCACGCGUACUACCCCGAGGACGAGUUUUGGGCGCACUAUGACCGGGCGUCGUACGACGCCCUCCGGGCAAAGUACGGCGCGGGUUACCUGCCCAGCGUGUACGACAAGGUCAAGGUGGAUGUUGACGCGGAGGAGGCGGCCGUCCGCGCGACAUGGAAAGCGAGAGCAAAGCACGGGGUCAAGGAGAUUUGGCCGGUGCGCGGCCUGUAUGGGUUUUACAAGGCUGCUGUGGGUGGCGAUUAUUUGCUGCAAAAGUCGAGGACGCAGCCAGCGGCCAACGAACGCGCGUAA